GAGGAGGGGAGAAAUGAGCGAAGAAGCAGCAGAGAUAGGUACCUGCAUACGUCAUGACAUCGAAUCAAUUCUCUCUUCACCUGGGAGAGACUAUCUCAUCGGGAACAACGGUGAUCAGGUUAAAAUAUGCAACUUAAAGGGGAAGACAAUUGGUCUUUAUUUCGCGGCUUCAUGGUGUGGUCCCUGUCGACAUUUUACUCCAAAUUUAAUAGAUGUCUACAAUGAACUCUCUCCACAAGGAAAAUUUGAGAUCAUUUUGGUAUCAGAAGAUGAUGAUGAAGAUUCAUUCAAUUCGUAUUUCUGCAAAAUGCCAUGGUUAGCAUUCCCUUUCAUUGACUCAGAGAGAAUUGAUCGCUUGGAUGAAUUGUUCAAAGUAAGAGGGGUACCACACCUUACAAUCCUUGACCCUAAUGGAGAGAUUGUUAACAAUGAUGGAGUUGAUAUCAUUGAUGAAUAUGGAGUUGAAGGAUACCCAUUCACACAAGAAAGAAUUAUAGAACUAAAAGAGCAACAAGAGGCAGCCAAAAAAGAAGAGUCAUUGAGAUCCAUAUUAGUCUCUAGAUCUCGCGAUUUUCUAGUUUCAAAUGAUGGAAAGAAGGUACCAGUCUCUGAUCUUGAAGGAAAGACAGUGGGUUUAUAUUUCUCAAUGUCUUCAUAUAAUUCCUGCCUAGAAUUUACUCCAAUACUCUUUGAUGUCUACAAGAUAUUGAAAGGGAGAGGAGAAAGCUUUGAAGUUGUUUUAGUCUCCCUUGAUGAUGAUGAUGAAGAAUCAUACAAGGAAGACUUUGAUAUUAUGCCUUGGCUUGCAUUACCUUAUGAGGAUAAGAGCCGUGAUAAGCUUGCCAGAUACUUCAAUGUUAUAAACCUUCCCACAUUGGUCAUAAUUGGUCCUGAUGGAAAAACUAUAAAUUUCAAUGCUGCUGAAGUUGUUGAAAAUCAUGGUAUUCAUGCAUUCCCAUUUACAAAGGCAAGAGUUGAAGAGCUUGCAGUAAUAGAAAAGGCGAAACUCGGAGCACAGACUCUAGAGUCACUUUUAGUUUUGGGUGAUCUAGAUUUUUUGAUCAAGAAUGAUGGUACCCAAAUUCCAGUCUCAGAGCUUAUCGAAAAUAACAUUGUCCUAUACUUCUCAGCGGAAUGGUGUGCUCCAUGCCGCGCUUUUAUGCCUAAGUUGAUCAAGACUUACAAUGAGAUUAAGGAGAAAGAUGAUGGAUUUGAAAUAAUUUUUGUAUCAAGUGACCAUGACAAAGCAUCAUUUGAUGAACUCUUUUCUACAAUGCCAUGGUUAGCAAUUCCCUUUGGUGAUGAAAGGAAAAAGUCUUUGAAGAAGAAGUUUAAGGUGUAUAGUAUCCCUACUGCUAUAGCCAUUGGACCAACAGGCCAAACUGUUGCCAAGGAUGCCAAGGAACUUAUAAUGGUUCAUGGGACUGAAGCUUAUCCUUUCACUGAAGAGAGAAUGAAGGAGAUAGAACUUCAACUUGAGGAGAUUGCAAAAGAUUGGCCUAAGAAGUUGAAACACAGGCUUCAUGAAGAACAUGAACUUAUUCUUACUAGACGUUUGCUAUACACAUGUGAUGAGUGUGAGGAAGAAGGGAAUGGUUGGUCUUACCAUUGUGAAGAAUGCUACUGUGACCUGCAUCCAAAGUGUGUUUUAGAGGAAGUUGAAGAGAGUAAGAAGAAGGUAAUGGAGGUGAAUGUGGAUAAUGGACUUGAUGAUUCCUCUGAGGAGGAGGAGGAAUGGGUCUGUGAUGGUGAGGUCUGCUAUAGGGUUUCAAAAGCUUGAUAUUAUAUUUGAUUGAAACUUUCUUCUCUGUACCAAAAGCUUGUUUGAUUACCAUAAUAAACCAGUUUUUUGUAAAAAUAU